ACAGGAAGUGAAAUGUAGGUUCUAUCGCCCCGUUAUUUGUGGUUCUUGAGGUAAAUAUCUUAGGAAAUAAUGGCAUCUGAUCAGCCUCAGAUGGAGCUUAGUUGUAAACAAUUAAAUUUUGCGGAGGAAACCUUCACAGAAACGAAGAAAAUGGUCAUCAAGCAGAAAGAAGAGGUUGAUGAUCAGCGCAGACUGGUGGAUUUCAGCAGGAUUCCCCUCGUCAUCCUACACCGAAUAGACUCACUACAGCACCCUGUGAAGAAGGAGGAGGAGGUUCUUGCCGACCAACAGAUCUGUGACCAAGAAAGAAACUGUAGUUUCAAACAGGAGGAACCAGGCCCUCUGAAGAUAAAAGAAGAACAUGAUGAUCUAGAAUAUCUGCAUAUUAAAGAAGAAAAGGAUCUGUCCACAAGCCAUGAUGAAAAGCAGAAGGAGUUAAAGCAGGAGAUUCUGAACACUGAACCGAACAGAGACAAGCUGGUCUCUCAAGAUUCUGUUAAAGUGGAGAAUACGAAUGAGGAAAUAAGCAAUCCUAAAAGCUCAGAAUCAGCAGGAGAAAACGGUUGUCACGAAACUGUAAAGCAUGAGGAGGGUUUAAAACAAAAUGGAGACGAGAUUCAAAAUCAUGUACUGUAUUUGCAUGAAACGUCAAAUGAAAACGUUUCUCAAAAUGGUAACUUGUUGAUAAUAAUUACGAAUCAUCCAUUUGAAAAUCCUGUUUCCAGUGUGACCUGUGAACAAAGUUCGAGACCAAAGACCCAGAAUACAAAUAAGACACCGUUUACCUGUAGCACCUGUGGUAAAAGUUUCACACAAAAAUUUACUUUAACUGAUCACAUGAGAAUUCACACUGGCGAGAAACCUUUUUUGUGCACGAUCUGCGGAAAAGGGUUCAGUCGAAAAAACGUUUUAUCUGAUCAUAUGAAAAUUCACACAGGAGAAAAGCCUUUUCCCUGUGUGACCUGUGGAAAAAGCUUCAGUCGAAGUGGUAGUUUAAUUAAGCAUGUGAGAAUUCACACAGGUGAGAAGCCGUAUUCAUGUAUAACCUGUGGAAAAAGUUUCACUCAGAAAAAUCAUUUAACUGAUCACAUAAGAAUCCACACGGGUGAGAAACCUUAUUCCUGCAACACCUGUGGAAGAAGUUUUAGUCAAAGAUAUAAUUUAUCUAAUCAUAUGAAGCUUCACACAGGUGAGAAGCCAUUCUCCUGUUUGACCUGUGGGAAAUGUUUUGGUCACAAAUAUAGUUUAUCAAAUCAUAUGAAGCUUCACACAGGUGAGAAGCCAUUCUCCUGUUUGACCUGUGGUAAACGUUUUGGCCUAAAAUAUAAUUUAUCUAAUCACAUUAAGAUUCACACGAAUGCAAAGACAUUUCCCUGCAUGGUCUGCGGAAAAAAUUUCAAUAAAAACCAAACUUUAUCCAAUCAUAUGAAAAUUCACACAAGUAAGAAACCUUUUUUGUGUUUGACCUGUGGAAAGCGUUUCAGUGUUCAACAAAAAUUAUCCAUUCACCUGAAAAAACAUUCAGAGAACAAGUUGCAUAAAUGUGCGACAUGUGGAAAAUGUUUUUCUCAAGAACAGCGUUUAAAUAGACACAUGAAACUCCAUCUAGGCUAAAGGCUGUUUGUCUUUCAGGUGCAGAAAGUGGCUAUGAUUACAUGCCUACAAUUUAACAAUCUGCUAGCAAUGUGAUUGGAUUAAAAACAAAAGGACUAUUCUGUUUAUAGGGAGAUACAGUGAGAAAAAUAAGUAUUUUGCAAGUUCUCCCACUUAGAAAUCAUGAAGGGGCCUGAAGUUGUCAUCGUAGGUGCAUGUUCACUGUGAGAGACAUAAUCUAAAAAAAUUUUUUUUUAAAACAUGCCAAUCUAAUUGUCCGUCACCAUAAACCACCCCUGUGUCUGAUUGAUUUAUUUUGUUCCUGCCAAAUCUCAUCAGAAUAACCCGACUGAUAUUUUUACAUGACACCAUUUUUAGUCUGGUUAGCCUUUAGUUCCGAUUACUUAUAUUCACGUUAAAAUUGUUACUGUGAUUAAGCCUGUAGAUGUUCAAGAUUAUCUUCCUUUAAAUUAUUCUUGACAAUUUUUGGUUAACAGCAGCUUUUGAUCAAAAAGCUGAAUAAUAAAAAAAAAAAAGAAUAUUUAAAUUUGCAGUAUGUGAUUGAGGAGUAGCUGAGUAUUUAUUAAUUUGGGUUAAAAACACUUUGUCCAAAGAAGAUUUAAUAUUUGUAUUUUAUUUAUUUAUUUAUUUUUUUUUGAAUGGUAUAUCCAUUAUGUACUGUAAAGUUUGGGUAUUUCAUAUGUGUAAUUGGUCCUUUAUGAAUGAACCUGCCUCAUGUCUAUGA